AUGGCUGCUCCGGCCGACGACUACAGCGACGUCGACGAAUCUGCACUUCUAGAAGCGGUUUACACUGAAAAUGGUUACCUCCAGGAAGAUCCGGACACCUUUAAAACAGUAUUUUGGGUUGCCGUCAAAAACAAAAUGGGGUACGAGUCUGAAUCAAAACCACACCUCCGCUUGAAAGAUGCCUUCAAAUUUCUGAGGUCGAAAUACGCUAGAGGAGAAAUAAGUCAGGAAAAGCAAGGAAAGUAUAGAAAUGUUUUUGGUCCGAGAGACCAACUGCCGGGUUAUGUAGCCAACCCCAGCUUUUUAGCCGUUUCUUUAAGGUUUGAGCACAAAGGAAAGGAGGUCUCAUCGAGGCAUAGUUGAUGUUUUUAGUUUAUUUUCUACAUGGAAUUCUCUUUUUUGGUUGUUUGUUGAUAAAAAAUAUUAGUUUAAUGAGGUUUUCAAGUUUAUUUUAUGCAUGCAAUUAGCAAAUGCUGUUAAUUGUAGGUCGCAUAGAGGCAUAGUUGAUGUUCUUAGUU